AUGAUUUAUCUCGCUUUUAUUGCCCUUGCCGCUGUGACUGUGUUCUGUGGACACAAGGCAGAAGGUGCUUCCAUAACUGGGACAGCAAAAACGCUCAAUUGCUUGGCCGCGAUGAACGAGGCGAGGACAGCCGCGGGACUCGCAGAGUUUAAGCCGGCAGCUGAACAAGGCCAAAUGCUGCCGGAAAACCCGGCUGCUAAAAGCGACAUACGAGCUGCUGACUUGUGGGAGGAAAUCUGCCAAGAAAUAGCAGGGAGUGACAGCGAUGGAGUUGAAGCCCAAAAGUUGAAGGGAACCUUCUUGUACUACCCCGGCGAGGAUGACUGCGCAGCGGCAGUGCAGUACUGGAAGGAUGGGUUUUCGCUCUUCAAUAACAAGCUGCCUCCAAUGUACAAAGUGUUGGGCAAGCCUGAAGUGUAUACCAACAAAGCCGUUUCCUUUGUCGCCCUCUAUAACCCCAAGGCAGACCCUGUAGCCAGCUGCGCUUUUGUCACCUGCACAAAGGGAGACGUAUUUACUGCCGCAGCCCUAUCAAAAAGCCACGGCGGGCCAGCAUUGAGGAGACUUUCAGGGGAGAAACCCACUACAGCCCUUAUCUGCUUGACGAAUCCGGAGGCGUUUACUGCCGAUGCGGCUCCAUUCAAGGAAGAGGAGUGGCAGAAGAUUGUUCAUGCUAUAGUUGGCCCUGAGGCGAGCACCGGGGCUGCGCGGGUCAGGCCAGCAUGCGCUGCACAUGGUUGA